AUGGGGAUCCGGCCCCAAGUCAUGCGGUCCACGGGCUCCUCGCGGACCGAGCUUCCCCCCCGAGAACCCUCUGUGAGCUGCCCUUCCGGAGACAUCUUUGAAGGGUGUGAGCCGCCAGGCUCUGGGCGCCUGCUUGUGCCCCAGCAGACGGGCUGCUGCUCCCGCCACUCCGGGAGCCCCGCGGGGCGGCUCAGGCCUGCGACUGCACUGAUCGACUACGCCCCGGAGAGCCUUCCUGCUGCGAUACCGAGAGAAACGAUGGCACGCCCUCCCAGAGGCGGGCUCCCGGCCGCGGGAUCCUCUCCCAACCGAAGUGCAACGCUGCCCCCUGGCGAGGGAACGGCGGGCGCGCAGGAGGGCGCGAGCGUCUCCGCCGCCCGGAUGUCCUUCCGUCCUUCCCACCCUCCACAGGGCAGCCCCUCCGUCCUCCAAGCUUCCCCCCUGCACAGCCCCUCGUCCGGAUCACGGGGUUCACACGCUAAUCAACAGCGCGAGCUGGGCGCUGACUACGAAACAAGCCGUCCCGAAUCUCACGGGGGAGACAUUCACGGAGCGCCCCCGCUGGAGGAGAUCGAUGCCGGGCCUGCGACGCUCCGCUCCCCGGCGGGCGCGUUUGAGUUCAGAUCACCCUUCAACCUGUGUGCGGGGAACAAGCCCGAAAACCGCAAGCCCUGGGAGCAGCAACGCAGAGACACGCAGCAAAGGCAAAGCAGCCCGAGGGCCCGGGCCGCCCCAGACCUGCCCGAGGCCCAGAGCCUCGAGGACGGGUCCGCGGGCGUCGCCCCCGCAGCGCCGGAGCCGCCGGGGCCCGUGAGCGUGCUCUCCGUCCGACUGUCGGGACGUCUCUCCAUCCCUCCAAGGGCCGGGUUCCCACAGCCCAGCCCGGGCCCGGCCCCCCAGGGCUCCGCCGCCCUGAACAAACCCCCACCCCCAACCAGCUCACAGGUCUCCCCGGGUUACAGGGGGUCGAGUCCUCCUGCCGACGGCUCUCACCCCGCCCUGCGCUCCGCCCUCCGAUACGUCGUGUGGAUGAGGCGUAAGGCUCGCUUCCAAAUGAGGUGGACGGACUACACGUAG